AUGGAUGAACUUCUGGCCCAAGAUCGCUCGAGACUUGGAUUGUCCGUCCCAGCCGAUCAGUUCUCCAGGCCCGCGCCCUUGGCUUCAGAGAAAGCCUUGCAAUCCCAGCCUCCUCUCACAGUUGCAGCCAAAGCUGCUGGGCUGGAGGGUCAUUUGCCGCAAAGCUACAUCCGCCAAAGAAUUGACCUGGUGAAAUGGGCCAAGACAGCACAGGUCCAACAGGCCUGGAAGGCCAUGGCUGAGAAGCAGGGUCUGGAUGCCAGUGCUCCUGACAAGGCUUCCUGGGCUUUCGCGGGCUUUGUGUAG